AUGAACAACUCGAAAGCUAGGGAGAAAUGGAAUGACUUACCAGUCGUUGGUGGACACUACUACUGCUUCGUGCCAUUCAAGUACGGGGAACAGGGGGAGAUGAUCGAAGAGAUAAUCCACCAUAGUGAUCUCGACCUCGAUCGACAGACUAAUCAACUAGCAUCACUGGCAACACGAGUCAGCGACGACACGGCUAAGCUCAUACUUCACAACCCGACCGUCUCUAUCACCGAAGGACAGCGCCGUGCUUUCGAGGCCAUCUCUGCAGGUACUGGAGAAAAUGUGAUCUUUAUGGCUCCAACAGGAUUAGGCAAGACUCUAAUCUACAUACUACCCGCGUUCCUCGAGCCCACUGGCAUCACCAUCGUGGUAUACCCGCUCAAAGCCCUGCAGCACAACCAAGCCGCUCGGCUACGAGCAGCCGGCAUCACCGUGGAAAUCUGGAACGACACGAUGCGGUAG